AUGUCCGCCCCCGCUCCCUCCGCCGCUGUCGUCGUCCCCGUCCCCGUCCCCGUCCCCGCCGUUCGGUCCGAGGACAUCAUUGCCCGCAAGUUCGACAACUGCCUCGCGGACCUCCUCGUCAACGCCGGCAUUGGCUUCGGCGUGGGUGUCGUCGCGUCCGUCCUUAUCUUCCGCCGCCGCGGGUGGCCCGUCGCGCUCUCGACUGGCUUCGGCGCCGGUGUUGCGUACUCUAACUGCAACUACUCGCUCAACCCCUACGUCCUCCCCGGCACCAAGGUCCUCCCCAAGGCUUAG